UUCAUUAUAAUAUUACAAAAAAGAUAUUUAAAAUCCAAACACGCCCGUCAAAAAAGGAAAAGUUGACGUCAGCAAAGUUUGACUCUUUUUUUCUUCUCUUUCAUCUUUUAAACCAAACCCCACGCACUCUCUCUCUCUCUCUCUCCAAAACAUAAACAGACUUCUUCUCUCUCUCUAACGGAAUCCUCUGAAGCUUUUAACGGAAACUCAACGGCCAAUCAAAAAUAUGAGGAAAGACGAUCUCUACAUCACCGUACCAAGCUUCUUCCGAUGUCCCAUCUCCUUAGACGUGAUGAAAUCUCCGGUGAGUCUCUGCACCGGCGUCACCUACGACAGGGCUAGCAUCCAGCGGUGGCUCGACGGCGGGAACAACACGUGUCCGGCGACGAUGCAGAUUCUUCAGAACAAGGAUUUCGUACCUAACCGGACUCUUCAGCGUUUAAUCGAGAUUUGGUCAGACUCCGUUCGCCGGAGAUCGGCGGAGUUUGCUGCUCCGACGAGAGACGAGAUCGCCGACGCGAUCGAUAGAGUCAAGAUCGAGAAGGAAGAGAGGUUUGACCGCGAGGUGUUGGCGAAGAUUCUCCGGUUCGCGAGAGAAUCCGACGAUAACAGAUCGUUUCUCGCCGGGAAAGAUGACUUCGUGAAGCUUCUCGUUGAUCUCAUGAGCCAGGUAGAUUUCAAAACCACCUCCGCCGCGAAAUUGGUUACUGUUCAAGAGGCGGUUAAGAUCCUUAGCACGAUCCGAACCAAAAUCACGGAUCGGAGACGGUUUUCGAAUCUGGUUUUAAAUAACGGUCGAGAUCGGUUAACAACGAUCGUUUAUUUAUUUAAAACCGGGAAUGUCGAAUUAAAAAUUGAUUGCGCCGGUUUACUCGAAUUUAUCUCAAUAGACUCCGAAUCAAAGGUUUUAAUCGCCGAGAGAGACGGUUUAAUCGGGGAGUUAAUGAAAUCAAUAACCGAACCGAGGUUAACCGAAUCGACGUUAUCUUGUUUACUCGCGAUCAGCUCACCGAGGCGCGUGAAGCUCAACCUAAUCCGAGAGAAGCUCGUCAACGAUCUCACGAAGCUCUUAACGGAUCCAACGAGCGUUUCCGUGACGGAGAAGUGUCUGAAGCUUCUCGAGAGUUUAGCGUCGACGAAAGAAGGUAGAUCGGAGAUCUGCGGCGGAGACGGGGAGUGUUUGAAGACGGUGGUUAAGAAGCUGAUGAAAGUAUCGACGGCGGCGACGGAGCACGCCGUGACGGUGCUUUGGAGCGUGUCGUAUCUUUUCAAGGAGGAGAAGGCGGUUGAAGCGGUUACGAGUAGUAACGGCGUUACGAAGAUUCUGUUACUGUUACAGAGCAAUUGCUCUCCCGCUGUGAGGCGGAUGUUAACGGAUCUUCUUAAGGUCUUCAAGGUGAAUUCAAGGUCUUGCCUUUCGGCUUACGACACCAAAACGACACAUAUCAUGCCGUUUUAAAUUCUUUUUUAUUUUUUGCUCAUUUUAGGGUUCUUAGAUUUGAUUUCUUGAGAAAAAAAAAUAUUAUUGGGGAGAGAGAGAGAGUGGAACAAAGCAUCAAACUGUAAACAUUUUGAAUUUUUGAAUAGUAAAUACAAACUAAAAAAAAAGAUUCAAUUCAUUGCUCAUCGAAUGUACGUGUAGUCAAUAAUUCUCUUAUUAAUGUAAAGUAAAAUCAAAUUAUUAUGU